UCUCUCUCUCUCUUUCUCUCCUUUUCUUUCGGGGGAACGGAUAUCUCUGGCGGUUUGCCGCAUGGAAGUCGCCCAGGCUCGGCUGAAUAUCAUCUCUCUGAUUCGGACGUCUUCCCUCCAGUUGCCAUUCUGCCACCAGAGCAGACACAACAUCACACUCAGAUUUGCCGGGAUUCAACUGGAUGCGACGGCAUCUAUCCGCUGACCGACUGUAAAAGAGAGUCUCAAUCCCGGCUUCAUUCCACCAGAGGGAGGAAUAUUUCUCACUCAGAUGUAACAACACAAAACACCUACCGGAUUGUCAAGUGCGCAAAAGCCGCAGCUUAAAACAUUACGCACGGCUUAUUUUGCUUUGUUUAUUUUUUUCCUCUUCUCUCUGCUGCACGGACAGACCGGGGGCCAGAGGUGGUGGUAGUGGUGGGGGCUUCCAUGGUGUGGAGUCCUGAUUUUACCAAGCGACCCACCGGGAGGCUUGAAACUGAGAAAAUCCGUCGCCCUACUGGAAUAUUAAUAACCUAAUCCUCACAGCAACCCAGGGGAUGCUGCAGCAGAGUUUGUGACUCUAGAGAGAUCCCCCAACUUUUUGGGGGUUCCGUUUCUAAUCUAAUUUCCCUCUCUUUCUCCGCCUGUGGGACUUCUGUUUGAUUUGCAGCUCUUCACUAUCAGUCAUGGACCGGUCCACGUCUUUGGAUAUAGAAGCGCUCAAGAUGACCCAGGAGCAGUAUAUUCUAGCAGCCCAACCCAAUCCCCUCCACCAGCGGACAGCAUCUGUGUGUGGCACCCAGGUUUAUCCGGCAGUGGGUAUCUACGGGUGGAGAAAGAGAUGCUUAUACUUCUUCAUCCUCCUCCUUCUUGUUACUAUGAUUGUCAACCUAGCUCUGACCAUCUGGAUCCUCAAAGUCAUGAACUUCACUCCGGAUGGCAUGGGAAAUCUACGAGUGACCAAGGGAGGAGUGAGACUAGAAGGAGUGUCCGAAUUUUUAUUGCCUUUAUACGUCAAAGAGAUCCACUCACGUAGGGACAGUCCACUGAUCCUCCAAUCUGACAGAAAUGUGACGGUCAAUGCGAGGAAUGAUCAGGGGCAACUGACUGGUCAGCUAACUGUGGGUUCAGAAAUGGUGGAGGCUCAGUGUCAGCGGUUUGAGGUGAGGAGCGCCGAUGGUGAGAGAGUCCUCUUCUCUGCAGAUGAAGAAGAGAUUAGCAUCGGCACAGAGAAACUUAAAGUCACAGGGAAUGAAGGAGUUGUGUUCAGCCAUUCCGUAGAGACAUCACAUGUAAGGGCAGAACCUUUCCAAGACCUAAAGCUGGAGUCACCUACUCGGACCCUUACACUGGAGGCUCCUAGAGGGGUGGAGGUGAAUGCUGGAGUGGGAGACUUCACAGCAUCUUGUAGGAAAGACCUCCUCUUGCAGUCAUCAGAUGGAGAGAUCUUUCUAGAUGCCAACACUAUCAAGCUGGGCAACAUUCCCCUUGGUAGUGCUGUGGAUCCACUGGAAGGGGCCCCUGCAGGCACUACCUACACCAAACAGACUGUGUAUGAGUUGUGUGCCUGUGCUAAUGGAAAGCUCUACCUGUCCCCAGCAGAGAAAGGCUCUACUUGUCAAACCACCAGUAAUUUUUGUCUCUGGAGCUGAAAAUGGAAGGCUGAAAAACACACUGGACAUAUGGACUAUAGAGUCUGAAGCUAACGCUAGCCAACAGACUGAAUCAACGUGGAUUAUGGCUUAGAUGAAAGCUGAUGCAAGCUGACAAGCAGAAUGAAUAUGGACUGAAGCAUGGCAAGAACUUCAUGUACGUUCAGCAAUUACAUAACAUGGAUUACAGUUUGGCAGGAAGCUGAUGGUUGCUAACAGACCAAAUCAACAUGGACUGUGGCACAGAAUGAAACUAAUGCCAGCUAAGGCACUGAAUCAACAUGAACUGGAACCUGUGUGAGACUAUUACCAGGCCACCAAUCCAAUUAAUAAGGACUGGUGACUGGCCAAUGCUAGUAGAAGAUGGAUUACUCAGUGGAACGCAAAAGGCAAUUUGAUACUAAGACCAGUCAUUGACAUAAAUGGGCAGACCCAGUCUGAGGCCCUCGUUCGUCGUCUCUCCCCAUUUUAGCUUCGCCAUGACAGUGUCUAAAAGUCAAAAGGAUUGCACGUGGGAGAUGCUUUGUGUGUUCACAGUAUGACCAAAAUAUCUUGGAAAACAUGUUCUUGUGUUAUGUAAGGAGAUGAAUUUAUGAUUAUGGACUACUAAUGAAGAUAGACAUGUACGCCUGGUUAACUUAUUUGCUGGGUAUCAGACAUCAGUGAGGACGUUGGCGUAGCCCGAUGGGUAGCUUAUGACUAAAUCAGACAAUUGUUUCAUCUCGUGGGAAGCAAAGGCUACCUAACGGACCAAUCUAUACCAGAAAGGCCUUUCCCCCUUCCCUUGCAGUUGUUCAACCUAAAAAUGUGAUCCUUCUGCAUUAGUCUGAACCUCAUCUUCAGUGUCAGCCAAGCCCAAUUCAUUAGACAACUAAUGCAAACAAUAGUCUUCAUCCUUGUAUUCACCAGCUUUUCCCUUCCAUAGAUUUUAAAUUUCUUUUUAUAACUUCAAAAAAGUUUAUUUAGACCUCUUUUCUUCAGAUCAGACCUUUUUUUCUGUUUCAUGGUCUUUGUCACUUAAGUUAUUACAUACUUCCUUACAUACUAUCAUAUCCUACUGUGGUUCACCUUUAUCUUUUUCUCCAUACUCCAAUUAAUUUCUUCUAUAUAUACAGCUAGUUGCAUUGGGUUAGAAAGGAAAAAGUCACUAUUCGUAUACAUUGUUUAUCAUUAUAAAUACUUUGGACAAAAAAAAAAUAAAUCAAUAACAAACCAGCUAAAUGUGAGGUAUGAAAUGGUAUUUGUAGCAGGCAGACAUUUUUUAGCAAUGAAACUUCCAGACAGCCAGAAGGUGGAAUCAGCUGACUUUUUGUAAGAGUUUUUCUUUUUUUCCUCCCAUAUUCAGACUAUUAUAUUCUUUUGCCAAGAUUGGCUCUUUGUCUCAAACACUGUCAUUGCUUUUAUUGUUUUCCUUUAGCUUGUUUUUAACUGCAGUAUAUUUACAUCUUAACUUUCCUUUCUCUAUCCUCUCUCUAUUUCCCCACUACCAGUAAAGUGUCAUCUUACCCACAUCUCAUCUUUCAGCUUUUACCCUUCAAUCACCAAAAUACAUAUCUUGAUGUUCUUUCUGAAUCCUAUUUGUUUCAUCUCCCCUUGUCAUCCCAUGCUUAAAUACAAGGAAAUCCUUCGCCCUAUUCUUACAUUGCAUUCCUUUUCAAUAUAUCUGAAAGUCUAACAAGACAAGGUGAAGACACUCCACAGCAUUUUUUCAAUCUUGGUGUUCAAUGUGAAUCGGCUCCAGCUGGCGGUCCUUGCACCCAAUGUCUGGAAUUGCUGAAAAUAAUAUUAAAUUAGCAUAUUUGUAUGUUAGAAAUCUCCCUGGAAGAAACUGUGGAUGGAUUUUGGUUGUAUGCAUAUGGACUCAACUGAUAUAAGGCCCUGAGGCAUUCUUUCUUUUGUAAAUCAAAGCGAUACACAGGUGCCUUUGCUACUGUUGGUAAAAGCACAUAGCAGUCUGAAGAUUCACACUACCCUCAGUGGACCAUCUACAAGUGUCUCUGAAGUAUUAUCAAUCUACCUAUCUAUUUAGUUUUCUGUCUUUUUUCCUUCUCCCCUCGCUCCUUGUUUUGUAGAUCUCUUGGUAUAACUACCUGAAAAAAAGAACAAUUCAAUCCUGGUUUCGAGUUUAAUUUUCUGAUGUGUUCCCUUAUGGUUUAUUCUUGAUAAUAAAAAAAGCACAAAAUAUGCCAUGUAUAUAACAAUACCAAUAAA